GCAUUCCCGUCAAGUACCUUCGACCUACACUGAGGAACUCGCAGAUUUUUUUCUUGCUACAAAAAUCUGCAUCUCGUAUCCAGAACAUUUUAAAGAUUUUCACAUUUACCUUGAAAAUCAUCAUUUAAAAUGUUCUUCCGUCGUUUUGGAGAUUCUGGGGUUGAGGAGAGCUUCCUCGCUCAGAAUCUCUCCAAACUUGAGAAGAGAGUCCAGCAAAAUUCCUCGCUGACCAGCCAGUUGCAAACCCUCGCCGCUGAGCUGGAAGGCAAGAAAAACCUGAGAGGAACCUGCGCUGAACUCUCCCAGGCAAAGAAAUCAGCCACUAAACUGACCAAGAAGCUGGAAAAAGACCUGCAACGCAUCAACAAAAAAAUCCAGGAGCAAAAACCCCUGGAGGAGCGUUGUAGGAAACAGCAGCUAGAGAUCGACCAGCUGACUGAGACUAACACCAACCUCCUGGCAACUCUUCAGGAACUCCAGAUGAAAGUUUGGGAUCCUCAAGAGUUGUCCAGCGAGUUGAUGAGAGUCAAGGUCACGGCCGAAUCUGUCAGCCAGGAGAACCAAGAUCUCGAGAAAGAGGUUCAGAAGGUCCAAGCCACCAUCGUGGCCCUGGAACCUCUGCAGCAGCAGCUGAAAGACGACACCGAUCACCUCCAGACACUGCAGGAGAAAAACCUCACCCUCCAGAACCAGCUGAAAGACCUCCACAGACAUCGUGAGGAGGAGGCAGUGAUGAGACAACGUUCUGCCACCAUCCUCGCCCAAACCAAGUCUCUGGAGGAGGAGAACUCCAUCCUUGAAGCUGAGAUUCUUCAGCUACAAUCUACACAACGUAGUUCUGCAGAUGAGCUGGAGCACAGAUUCAAAGAAGAAUCCGAUUUGUUUCUGUCUCUGCAGAAACAAAACGCCGUCUUCAGAGAAGAGCUCACAGCUCUGCAGAAGAAGUCUGAGAAAGACGCUGAGAUGAAGCUUCAGUAUUCCUCUCUGCAAGCUGAUAGGAAGGUUGUAGAGACGGAAUUCAAAUCCCUGAAGCAACAGAUCCGCGCUCUUUCUCAGCAAUGUGAGGACUUCAGGCCCAUGACAGAGAAAUUUAAUGAGACCACGGAGUACAUCGGCCAACUCCAAGAGCGCAAUAAAUCGCUUUUGGAGGAAGUCGAGAACCUCCAGGUCAUGAAGCAGGAAUUAGAAGGAGUCUCCACAGAAUAUAGAAAUCUGGAGACAAACAUUAAGGACCUGAAGAGACAAAACUUUAACCUCACUAAAGAGGUGGAGCAAAGAAGUUUGGAGAUUCUGGACCAAAAAGACCUGGAGGUCAAAGUCGUUGCUGCAAGAAAAGAGUAUGAAGAAGUUCUGGCUGAAAACGUCACCCUGAAAACCAAAGCCUCAAAGUACGCUCAACAAGCACAGAGAGCUGCUUUGAGGUCCCCCCUUCAGCCUCCUGUCAGAGCUGCUCAAAGAGAGCUUCCUGCUCCAAAACUAGCACGUCCGCCUGUGUUGGAGGAAACUUCUGGAUGCAGACAAAUGCCCAGCAGGUUCCAACAACACAGAGCUGCCCUUAGACAGCAUCAGGGAGCUCCACCAAGAAGGGUUCCUGGUUUCCGGCAGGUCUAGGACCCCUCAAAAGGUUAAUGUAGGCAGCAGCCUUGAUUAAAAAAAAA